AUGGUCCACCCCACCACCACCUGCUGCAAGACCACCCAAGAUGGCACCUGCGUCUGCGCCGCCCAAGCCAAGUGCUCCUGCGGCCAACAAUCCGCCCUAAACUGCAGCUGCACCAAAGCUUCCACCGAGAACGCCACUUCCGGUCCCCGCUGCUCAUGCCGCUCCCGUCCCGCUGGCCAGUGCACCUGUGAGCGCUCUGUCACCGAGAACCAGUUCUCUGGCGCUGCUUGCCCCUGUGGAAGUCGCCCUGAGGCUUCUUGUACCUGUGAGAAGGCUGCUGGUAUUGACUCGGCUCUGGAGGUUGAUUUCACCGGUGCUUAA